AAGCAGUCGCCAAUGCAUGAACCAAAGCCAAUGGUGAACCCUCCAACCUCAUUCAUCAGGACAAAAUGGACGAAGCUGGAUCAAUACAUUUCCAUUGCCCUUUUCAUACUCCAUUUUCUUUGUAUUUUCGCACCCUUUUAUUUCAAUUGGCAUGCAUUUUGGGUUAGCUUUGCGUUGUACGUUAUUACCGGUCUAAGCAUCAGUGUUUCAUAUCAUAGAAAUCUUGCUCAUAAAAGUUUCGAGCUUCCCAAACUGCUCGAAUACUUCUUUGCUUAUUGUGCAGCUCACGCACUUCAGGGUGAUCCAAUCGAUUGGGUGAGUACACAUAGAUGUCAUCAUCAAUUUGUCGAUACAGAAAGAGACCCACAUAGCCCUAUUCAAGGAUUCUGGUUUAGUCAUAUUCUUUGGCUUUUUGAUUCCUAUACUUUGACCAAACGAGUUUGUCCGAAAUAUUUUACCGACUUUAAAAAGAUUGAACGAAGUAUCAUUAUAUGGUUCUCGAAGCAUGGGAGACCCGACAACGUUCGUGAUUUGGAGAAGCAAGCCUUCUAUAGGUUCAUCCAUAAGACAUAUCUUCUUCAUCACGUUGCUUUUGCAGUCCUACUCUAUGAAGUUGGAGGACUUCCAUUCCUUAUAUGGGGCACGUGUGUGAGGACGGUAGUGGUCUUGCACAUUACAUUUAUGGUGAACUCGGUAUGUCAUAUAUGGGGAAAACGACGAUGGAAUACUAAGGAUUUAUCGAGAAACAAUUGGUUGGUAGGUUUGCUUGCAUUUGGAGAAGGUUGGCACAAUAACCACCAUGCUUUUGAGUAUUCAGCUAGAUUUGGCAUUGAAUGGUGGGAAUAUGACCCUGGUUGGUACGUUAUUAGGUUUCUUCAAGCCAUUGGAGUGGCCACUCAUGUCAAAUCACCCUCACAAAUUCACAAGCAAAGGCUUGUUAUACACAAACCCGAAACCCCUUCCAUUGGAAUACAAUGAGUUUUACGUUGAAUUCAUCAUGUUUCUUAUUUACAA